AUGCAGGCAAGAAAUACGCAAUGUCAACCAAAAGCAGCCAGUGAAAAGACUGAUGAAAAAUUCCCGAUGAAUACCACUACUUUAUCGGCAAAUCGAUUAAAAGAUCUUACACAGUCUGCAGAUCUGGAGGAUGUAGACUACUUGGAAAUGUGCAUUGAUGGGAAUAAGCUACGAAUUGAUAACUUAGGAGAACUUCUUCCAAAUCUGAAGUGUCUUAGGCUUUCAAACGGGAUCUCGCCCCAAAUUCGUGAUAUAGGCUCAGGUUUUGGUAAACUUGAAAUUCUAUGGAUGUCCCGAUGCUGUCUUCACUCACUUGAAGGUUUGGAAGAAAUCAAGGGAAUUCGCGAAAUUUAUUUCUCCUUUAAUGACAUAUCUGAUAUUAGUCCCCUUGGAAAUUUGACCAAACUCGAAAUUCUGGACCUUGAGGGUCUAAAAUGUCUGGACAACAUCGCAACACAGUCAGCGCGCGUGCAAAGAGACGUGCAAAAUGAAUGCGACUUUGAUGAUGAGUGGACUUACAUAAAUAGUGUAAUUGAUGAAUUUGUGUCUACACCAUACAUCACGAAGAUUGAAAGUGGUACUGAACAGAAGAUAAUGGCAAUUGGUUUACGAAAAAUUGCCGGGAAAAGUAGCCUGUAUUCAGUAAACAGGCCAACCUCUUCAAUCCACCUUACUCCUGAUGAAAAGCGACAGCGGGUUCAAGUUGACGAGGAUGGGACUAUACAUGAUCGCAGCGAUUCCAAAGAAAUCCGCAAAUGGGCUGAAUCACUUCCAGAAAUAAAGCCGGUCAGUUUAGACCUUACCUCUGGUUCUGUAAUGUGUGGGAAUAUUGGGAAAUCCCUCCGUCAACGUCGGAAUUCAAUUUGUACUCCGAUUUUAUCAAACGACACCAAGGACGAAAAAGCACAGGAAAUCAAACCAGGGACUGAAUGUAAAAAGGAAAGCGCCGGUUUUGACGGCGAAACAGAGGCCACGAUAAUAAAAGGACUACAAAACGAGUGCAGGAACAUUCUAUACGAAUUGGAGGAGUGGCGGGCUAAAUUUCUGAGCAAACCGAGAAAGUACGCGACGCUCAACUCUACAAACCCGAAAUGGAACAAUACCAGUCACUCGGAGCGGUUCACCUCGCGAGCAAGACAAAAACCCAGAGCACUGCCAAAUGUGAUGCAACCAGUCUCCACGACUACACAAUCUAAGGGAACGAUUUCUGACCACCCUGCCGACGACUCAAAGUGUCCUGAUACGGACCCCCAAACCGCCUACAUUGAGUUGAAGAGAACUAAGGUUAAAGAAACAUCACACUAA